AUGGCUAAGAAAGGGCGUGCAAAGGGCGAGAAGCCUGAGGCGCUCAUCGCUGCCCUUCAGGCAGCCAACGAAGAUCUCAGGUCAAAGCUGACUGACAUCCAGAUUGAGCUACACCAAGAAAAAUGCAAGGUGAACAAGCUGGAGCGCGACAAGGUUCAGGAGGUGAAGCGGGUACGGGAACAAGAGCAGCACCGCCACACAGCGGCGCUCACAGAGCAGCGGGCCAAAUGGCAUGAGGAGAAGCAAAAGGAGCUCCAGGCUCUCCGGGAAAACCUGACACGGCAGCAUGAGCAGGAGCUGGCCCGCCACGCCAAGAUCAAGGACCAGGAGAACCAGCGUCUCAAAGCUACACUGAGCGCCAUGCGCGACGGCAGCGGCGAGAAGGUGCGUACAGCACUGACCCUAGAAGCCAAGGAGGAGGCGCGCCGGUUCUUCGACCAGGAGCGAGUCAAGCUCCUGCAGGAGAUUGCUGAGCUGAAGUCAUCCAAAAAGCAGACAGAUGAGGCCCUCAGCAACAUGAUCCAAGCAGACAAGAUGAAGGCUGGAGACCUCAGGGUGGAGCACCAGCAGCACCAGGAGCAAAUCUCCAAGAUCAAGUGGGACUGUGAGAGGGACAUCCGCAGACUGGUGGAUGAAAUCAAAUCUAAAGACCGCACCAUCUUUGCUCUUGAGAAGGAAUUGGAGUCCACAUCAGGUUUCCUGCAAAAGCUGCAGUUGCAGAAGGAUGCCCUUGAUGAACAGCUGUUCCUGGUGAAGGAGGCUGAGUGCGGUCUGGGAAGUCCCAAAAGGGAGAUCCCUGGGCGAGCUGGGGAUGGGGCCGAGCACUGUGGAAGCCCGGACAUGAGGAGAAACCAGAGACGCAUUGCAGAGCUCAACUCCACCAUACGCAAACUGGAGGACCGCAACUCGCUGCUGGUGGAUGAGAGGAAUGAACUGCUGAAGCGAGUGCGAGAGUCAGAGAAGCAGUGCAAGCCACUGCUGGACAAAAACAAACUUCUGAAUAAGAGGAACGACGAUUUGGCCCAGACACUCCAGAGGCUGGAGGAGAAACUCAAGAGCCUGGCUAAGGAGAACUUGGAGAUGAAAGAGAAGAUCAGCUCGCACCCUCCACUGAAGAAACUCAAGUCUCUGAAUGACUUGGACCAGGCCCAUGAUGACCAGGAGAUCGCCUUCCUCAAGCUGCAGGUUUUGGAGCAGCAGAGCAUGAUUGAUGAGCUGACUAGAGAUAGAGAAAAACUUUUAAGAAAGAAGAGGCAUAAACGAAGUUCCAGGCCAAUAAAGAGGCACAUUGUUGUUGACACCUUCUUUGGCUAUGAUGAGGAGUCCAUGGACUCAGAGACAUCAUCAGUGGCCUCAUAUCUCAUGGAUCGAACCCCUGCCACCCCUGAUGAAGACCUGGUUGAGGGUCUAGCUAAUGAGGAGUCUGAGCUGCGUUUCCGUCAGCUGACCAGAGAGUACCAGGCCUUACAAAGGGCAUAUGCUCUGCUGCAGGAGCAGAAAGGAGGCAUGCUGGAUGCUGAGAUGGAAGCCAAGGCUCAGGAGCAGCUCCAAGCAGACGUUCUCAGGUAUAAGGCUAAAAUAGAGGAUUUGGAGAAGGAGUUGACCCUGAAAGGACAGGACUCUAAAUGGGUGGAAGAGAAGCAGCUCUUCUUACGAAGGAAUCAGGAGCUUUUGGAGAAGAUGGAGAAGAUGGAGUCAGAGUCCUGCCGGCUACAGCAGGAACUUCAAGACUCGAAAGACCAGAAUGAGCUGCUGGAGUUCAGAAUACUGGAACUGGAGGAGCGUGAAAGAAGAUCUCCUCCAUUCAACCACUUGAGGAUGCAUCCCUUCUCUGAGGGGGUCAGCGCUCUGCAGAUCUACUGUAUGAAAGAAGGGGUCAAGGAUGUGUGUAUACCUGAUCUCAUCAAACUCCUAGAUAUCCUGGGAGACAACGGAAACUUACGAAAUGAGGAACAAGUGGCCAUUAUUCAAGCUAGCACUGUUUUAUCACUAGCUGAAAAGUGGAUCCAGCAGAUAGAGGGGACCGAGGCUGCCCUGCACCAGAAGAUGGUGGACCUAGAAAUAGAGAUGGAGAUGUUCUGUAAACAAAAAGGAUAUCUAGAAGAAGAGCUGGACUACAGGAAACAAGCGCUGGACCAGGCCUAUAUGCAAAUCCAAGAGUUGGAAGCAACUUUAUAUAAUGCCCUGCAGCAAGACAAGGUGAUAAAAUAUGGCGAGCCUCUGGAUGAGCUGCAGAGAGACGAGUUACGGGCGGCGGUGGAGAAGCUGAGGAGGCAGAUGCUGAGAAAGAGCCGCGAGUACGACUGCCAGAUCCUUCAGGAGAGAAUGGAACUUCUUCACCAGGCUCACCAGAGAAUCCGUGACCUGGAGGAUAAGACGGACAUCCAGAGAAGACAGAUAAAAGACCUGGAGGAAAAGUUUUUGUUUCUGUUCUUGUUCUUUUCUCUUGCUUUUAUCCUCUGGCCUUGA